UUCAUGUUAUCUGAGUCUGUUAUCGAGACUUCCUUUUCAUCGGUUUUAUUUUAACAUUACUGUUACUGGAAUCUUGGUACUAUAAAAACGAACACAGUGCAAAACGGUUCUACACAAAUUUAAUGCUGUAUUACUUCAUUAUUAAGCCGUGCAGUGUAAAAUGCGGUCUCCGCAUACAUGAGUGUGAUUCGUACAUACGUGUUUUUGUCUUCGCGUACAUAUGUAAACAUCUUAUUAAACAAAACUGUUUCAUUAGAUUCAAAUUGGCAAUAAACUUUUUUAAAUUAAAAAGUAACUAAACUGAAAGUAAUCUAUACUAAUUAAUUAUAUACAAUAAUUACAUAUGGUCUGUUUUGUUAAUCCAUUUAUUUUUAUUUUAAUAAUCAUUAAUCUUACAAAUAUUUCUAACGUUGACAAAGAAAAAAAUAAAGAUGGACGUAUUAAUAUUUUUUAUCUUCGCAAGUCAAGUAUUACUUAUUUUCGGAAAAGUAAUUUUAAUGGAGAAUUUAUUAUUUUUAAAUAAUGAGAAGAAAUACAUAUGUGUCUCUGAAAAUGAUGGCAGUGCGCCUGUAUGGAAUCAUAAACUGCGGAGUCGCGAAUAUGAUUAUUAUGAGAUUGAUGAACUUAAAAAAAAUGAGAUAAUGUGUGAAUGCAAAUGAAGGAUGCUUGGAGUCAUGGUUUAAACGAGACUGGAAACUUACAAAUUCUUUAUUAACACCCAUGGGUCCAGUAUUUGAUCAAUGAUGGGAAGGUAAAAGCCUCGCAGGCAGAAUAUUCAGAUAUGUGUAGAAUUUAUUUAAUAAACAAAAUAUACUUUUAUGGUAACUACAAUAAACAUUCACUUAAAAUUUUCAGAAUUUCAAGAACUUGACGCAACUUUUUACCGCAACGGCUUCUAUAAAGUUCUUAGUCCUAAGUUUAGUAACGAAAUAAAGCUUUCUUUUUCGAUUCGUGUGCUUUACGGCAUUACUUAUACGGCGUUAAUUUGCGACAUCGAGGGUAUUUACAAAGAUUCUUGCUAUCGGAUCAUAUUAAAUAUUGAAGACUAUACACAAACAAAAAUUCAAAAAUGUGUAAUACAAGUCCUCGGAUUCUAUAUAUCUAAGGAUUACCCUGAGAAAGAUUCAAACUGUUAUAAUCCAGAAUCAGACAAUUACUUAGACAUUAUACAUGGCGAAUAUAAAUGGCGAACGUUUGUUAUUACAUGGAACUUGGACAUGGGAAAAGUAAUUCUUUAUGAUACUGAUAAAAUCAUUUUGACAUAUAAAGGCGAGAAAAGGCAAUUACAAUCAGAAAAUAAUUAUUACAUGCUUAUUAGAAGCUCUGAAGAAAUGUCUUUUCGAUUGCAUUUAUAUGACUUUUUGCAUACAACUGUUGAGAAUGCAACUUUAAUAAGUCCAUCUUUUCAAGUAUAUGAUGAAGUGAUAUGUGUACAACUAUUAGUUGGCCUUUGCUUUGAAUGCGAUGCACAAAUAAUGUUACGUGAUUCCACGAACGAUGCAGUAUUAGCAAUGGAAAUAGUAAAAGGCUCAACAAAAAAAACGGAUCAUGGCUUACCUAUGUGGCAAUAUGUCAUUAUCAAGAAUAAUUUGAUCAACUAUAGUAAUUACAGGGUGAUCAUCCAAUUAAUUCCUAAACUCAGUAAUCGUAACUUCAAUCCGCUAUGGGCGAUAGCAAAUGUUCGCCAGUGUCCUCUAAAUGAAACUUUGAGGAAAAAUGUUCUAAGUAUUAAAAAUCGUUCAACUUCAAACAAUUCCGAACUUCUCAAGCUAAACAUAACGUGUCAAAAAUUAUUUUAUAAUGAACAUGCUGUUGUGAAUCCUAUGUCAAGCGACAAAUCAAAUGUAAAUCUUGAUGCAUCAAACUGUCCUCUGGGAAGAUUGGGACCAAAGUGCUUAGUUUCCUGUGAAAAAGAUCUGCGUACAAUCUUUAAUUGCAGAGGAAUUCGAAUUUGUUACAAAGAUGGUUGUACAUGUGCGGCAGGUUUUUCAGGAAAAUGGUGUUCGGAAUCUUGUAAUUCAAAUACAUACAGUUAUAAUUGCAAGAAAACAUGUGGCUCAUGUCUCUAUAACGAAACAUUAACUGGCAAUCGGUGUGAUAUAAGAACUGGGAAUUGCCAUAACGGAUGUAAUA